AUUCACACAAGUAGUAUAUAAGGAGUUGCACAACACUAGAAAACUCAGCGGUAGCUUCAAAAUUCAAUAUGGAAACCAACGCUACUACUGCUAUGACGAUCCUUUUCUUCAUUCUCCCCCUGCUUAGUUUCUUUAUAUUGUCGAGCUUCAAACGUAAACGCUUCCCUCCGGGGCCCAAAGGCUGGCCCAUCAUCGGCAACUUGUUGAUGAUGGACACGCUGACGCACCGCGGACUAGCGAAACUCGCGGCUCGAUACGGGGGUCUUGUGCACCUCCGCAUGGGAUUCCUCCAUAUGUUCACCGUCUCGACGCCCGAUAUGGCCCGAGAAGUGCUCCAAAUUCAGGAUAAUAUUUUCGCCAACCGUCCCGCGACGAUGAAUAUCAGCUACCUCACGUAUGACCGAGCCGAUAUGGCCUUCGCGAAUUACGGGCCGUUUUGGCGCCAAAUGCGGAAAAUAUCGGUGAUGAAGCUGUUCAGCCGAAAACGGGCCGAGUCGUGGGACUCGGUCCGCGAAGAAGUCGACGAUAUGGUGAAAAUCGUGGUGUCGAACACGGGGUGUUCGGUUAACAUCGGAGAGCUCGUUUUCGGGCUCACGAGGAACAUUAUUUACCGCGCCGCAUUCGGGUCAUUAUCGCACGAAGGGCAAGACGAAUUCAUCAAGAUACUCCAGGAGUUUUCGAAACUGUUCGGCGCUUUCAAUAUCUGUGAUUUUGUUCCGGGGCUAACCUGGGCUGAUCCACAGGGGUUCAUGGGUCGGCUGGUGAAAGCUCGAGCCUCGCUCGAUGGGUUCAUAGACUCGAUUAUUGAUGAACACAUCGAGAAAAAGAAGAGCUGUAAAAUCGACGAGGGGAAUAGUGACAUGGUGUAUGAGCUCCUGGAUUUUUACAGCGAGGACAAGGCUACAGUGAGCGUGUCUGAAGAUUUGAACACCUCGUUGAAGCUCACGAGAGAUAAUAUCAAAGCCAUCAUUAUGGAUGUAAUGUUUGGUGGGACCGAGACAGUGGCGUCUGCCAUAGAGUGGGCCAUGUCGGAGCUAAUGAGGAGCCCAGAGGACCUCAAAAAAGUCCAACAAGAACUCAACAAUGUGGUUGGGCUUCACCGCCGGGUUGAAGAAAGUGAUUUCGACAAACUCACUUUCCUCAAAUGUUGCAUAAAGGAGACUCUCAGACUCCACCCUCCCAUUCCAUUACUUUUACACGAGACGGCCCAAGACGCCGAGAUCGCUGGAUAUCACAUUCCAGCGAGAUCUCGGGUUAUCAUCAACUCUUGGGCCGUCAACCGGGAUCCAAACUCUUGGGCUGACCCGGACACAUUCAAACCCUCCAGGUUUCUAAAAGAGGGUAUGCCUGAUUUUAAAGGAAGCAACUUUGAAUUCAUACCAUUCGGGUCGGGUCGGAGGUCGUGUCCGGGCAUGCAACUCGGACUCUAUGCACUUGAGAUAGCUGUGGCUCACCUUCUGCAUUGUUUUAGCUGGGAGUUGCCUGAUGGCAUGAAACCAAGCGAAGUUGACACGGAUGACGUGUUCGGGCUCACUGCGCCGAGAGCGACUCGGCUUGUGGCUGUGCCAACUCCACGCUUGUUAUGUCCUAUCUGCUGAGAAAACCAAAGGGAAGUCAUAUAUAAUACUUAUGUAUGUGCAUGCAUGACUUGAAAGAAUUGUAUGUUACACAUAUGUCAAUAUGUGUAUGCAGCCAAUAAUAUAUACUUGGGAUUGCAUUUAAAGCUAUAUACAUGCAUUUGUGAUUUUCGUUUUGUCAAUAUUUAGUAUGACGUAAUUAGGGAAAUGUAAUAAAAAUGAUUCUCAAAUAAAGAUAGCUGGUUCUUUUU